CGUGCCCAGUGCCCACCUCGGCAAACAAACCAGUUGCCUCCGCUCCUCCGUGCGACCUGCACUCGACCGCGGAAACGAACGCAAACAACAAUAUUGAAUGAACACACCAUUCAAAGCGACCCAGAGUACGCAAGUACCCUUUGACUGUGCUGUGAAAGUGACAGUGAUGAUAAAGUGAAACCGUUCCGACUGUGUCGGAGUUCGCGCCAAAUUCUUCACUUACUUGAGGACCGCCAUGGGAAUGGGAGGAGCGAUGGACAGCUGCGGGCGGUGUAUGAAGUUCUCUUUAAUAUGCAUCAAUGUUAUUACCCUUAUCGGAGGCGCCAUAGCGCUAGGAGUGGGUCUCUGGGUAUGGACGUCGCGGUCGUUCUCGAGUACCCUCAUGAGCAACAACAUGUUCAUCGCGUCGGUGGCCGUGGUGGUGGCCAUGGGCGCUGCUAUGAUGCUGCUGUCGCUGCUCGGCUGCUGCGGCGCCGCUAAGGAGGUCAAGUGCAUGCUGCUGACGUACUACAUCCUAGUGUUCAUAAUCUUCGUGGUGAUGCUGGUGGGCGGGAUCCUUCAAUUCGUAUUCCGGGAGAAGGUCCUCACAACCCUGGACCGGGAAAUGCACGCGGCCAUCCCGUAUUACGGCGUGAAGCCUGAAUACACCAAGGCGUGGGAUGACACGCAGACAUAUCUCCAGUGCUGCGGAGUCAAGAACUAUAAGGACUGGAACGGGAACAUUCCAGAAAGCUGCUGCCAGGAAAUAUAUCCUGGAAAGCGCCGCGACUGCCAGUCGUUGCCCAACCCGACCAACAUGUAUACGGACGGCUGCUACCUGAAGGUGACGGAGUUCCUGAGGGAAGACGCUGUGUACGUGGGCGCAGCAGCUAUAGUUGUCGCGCUUAUCAUGGUACUAGCUCUGAUACUGUCGUGUGGAUUAUUCGUGAAGAUAGAGUGAACCAGGCCAUGAACUCUACAAAUGUGACCUAAUUGAUGUAUGUAUUGACUGUUGAUUGAGAGUGUGAUUGCUACUCGCUUCGUACUUUAUUUGUGUUCUCAGAUUUUUGUAAUUUAUUUGGAAAAGUGAUUAAAGUAUGAUGUACAAAUUAA